ACUAAACACACUACACUAGAGAUUAAAGUGUUUUGGUUGUAUUCGCUGUCAAGUAAAUGGAAUCUAGCACCAUAUAUGUGUACUCCCUGAAAUAUCUAUGCAGUCCAUUCAUUUCCCUCCUCUGAUUUAUAUUUUUCACCUCUCUGCUUAUUGCUUAUCUGAUUUAUAUUUUUCACCUCUCUGCUUAUUGCUUAUCUUAAUCUAAUGAUUUGAAUGCAAUCACUGGCAUCAAAACUAUGGACAAAUUUAAUCUCUUUUCAGAUAAAAAAUUAAAUGUAGGUCACUACAUUCCUCAGCUCGCUGACUUAAUCCUAGAUUACAAGAAACGUUUCAGUGGCAGACCCAUCAAGCUUAAAGCCAUUGCAUUGGGAAAUCCUCUUUUAGAUCCGGAUAUUAGUGUAAUCAAUGCUGAGUUCUUGUGGUCACAUGGAGUCAUUUCAGAUGAAACUCUCCUUUUGAGUAAGACUGUAUGUAAUGCAUCAAGGCACCUUAAAGAGUCCAUUCACCAGAAUCUGUCCAAAGAAUGCAUACAUGUGCUUAACAAACUAGAAGAAGCAAUGGGUUCAUACACUGACCCUGGAGACCUGAUUUUGCCUAUUUGCUUGUCACCAACUCUACUCGGCCAGACUUUUUAUCAGGGAACACACAAUCGGUUACAUUGGAAGCAGCUUGCUAUGAGCUCGGCUGUUGCCACUGAUCCAUGUCGUGGAGAUGAGAUACGUCAGUACCUCAACACACCUAAAGUACAAGAAGCACUUCAUGCAAACACAACUCACCUCUCUUCAGUUUGGGAAUUCUGUAGAGGGCAUCUUUCCUAUCAAAGAGAGACUAUAGGGAUCAAUAUCAUACCCCUUCUGUCAAAACUCCUCAAAAGCAGUAUUCUAGUUCUCCUCUUCAAUGGAGAUCAAGAUUCAAAAAUCCCAUUAACACAAACAAGGAUAAUUGCAAAUAUGCUUGCAAAAGAACUGAAGCUGGUGCCUGUCGGAAGUUAUGCUCUAUGGUAUGAUAAGAAGCAGGCAUGUUUUGCAAAGUCAUGUCUGCUAUUCAAAGUCUUUUCCAGUAUUAAUUCCAGAUUCAUGGUCUAAUAUAUAUAAUCAGGUUGGUGGGUGGACUCAGUCAUUUGGCAAAGUAAGGAGAGGCCAAAAUUUGACAUUUUUGACAUUUGCUACAGUAAGAGGUGCAGCACAUGAGGUUCCAUACACGUCCCCUUCGCAAGCGCUCACACUCUUUCAAGCAUUUCUUAGAAGAUCUCCUUUGCCUCUAAACAGAGUUUAAGUUGAUGGAACAUUUUUAAAAAUAUAUAUAAUGUUGUUAUAGUUGCAAGUUAAAAGUUACAUAACAAAAGUUAUGUAAGUUAAUUAUUAAA